AUGGAAGAUUCCACCAUUACUCCUUUCAAAGGCCACAAUGGCCGUAUUCUCACGCUCGCAUACGCACCCAACGGUGUUUCCAUAGCCACAGGUUCGGCGGACGGAGCGAUACGACUAUGGGAUGCUGGGACGGGUCAUCAAGUAGAGACACUGGAGGGCCACACUCAUGGGGUUCGCGCCAUUGCCUUUUCUCCUGACAGACAGCAUUUGGUUAGUGGGGACGAUGGGUCUACAAUUAUAGUGUGGGACACAAUUGCUCGCCAGAUCAAGGGUACGCUUAAGGGUCACAGGAACUGGAUUCGAGCUGUGCGGUACUCCCCGGAUAGUGCAUACAUCGCAAGUGGAGGAGACGAUAAAACAAUUCGCAUUUGGGACGUGCAAUCCGGCGCAUCAUUACAGAUCCUCAAAGUACACAGAGACUCCGUCAGGUCACUCAGCCUUUCUCCCGAUGGAUCUCAGUUAUCCAGCGGAUCCUUGGACAGGACUGUCCGUAUUUGGAGUACUGCCCACUCAUGCGAGUUGUUGGCUGUCCCUCUUAAAACCAAGUCCCCAGUACUAUCGGUCUGCUUCUCUCCAGAUGGAUCACAAUUAUCAGUUGGGUGCCUGGACAAUACGGUACAACUAUGGAAUAACACUAUGGGCGACACCGCCUUCGAAUCAUUCAAGGGCCAUACCCAGGCCAUACGCACAGUUGCAUACUCGCCCGACGGAGCGUACAUAGCUACAGGCUCGGAAGACCGGACGAUACGGAUAUGGGAGGCGGAGACAGGUCGUCGAGUAGGGGAGCCGUUGGAAGGCCACGAGAAUUGGGUCCGUGCUAUCGCUUAUUCUCCUGACGGUCAGCGUCUGGUGAGCGGCUCCGACGACAAGACCAUUCGAGUAUGGGACACGGCUACCCAUCAGAUGGUCAUGGGGCCGCUUGAGGGCCACAUAGAAUGGGUUCUAUCUGUGCAGAUCUCCCCUGACGGCGCGCUCAUGGCAAGCGGCGGUCGAGACAGGCUUCUUAAGCUUUGGGAUGCCUCUACAGGAGCCUGCAUUGCGACACUGGAGCAUCCUGACUACACGAGAUCAGUUGCCUUCUCUCCCGAUAGCAAGUGUAUUGCGACUGCAUGCGAUGACCGGGCCGUGCGCAUCUAUGACGUUGAUCAACGUCAGCUUGUUCGCGAGCUGACCGGACACCGAGGCUAUGUUAGAUGCGUUCAAUACUCUCCAGAUAGCUCCCUCAUAGCCAGCGCUUCAGAGGAUUUUACUAUUCGGCUUUGGGACAGCUUGACAGGCAAACUUGCUAAAGCACCUCUCCGUGGCCACAGACACUGCGUCUCUAGCGUAUCAUUUUCUCGUGAUGGUCAGAAGCUGGUCAGCUCAUCUGAGGACGAGUCCGUUCGGGUGUGGGAUGUCGCAUCUGGAGAAUGUACUUUGGGACCACUGCAUUGUUAUGAAGAUCGAGUAAUGGCCGUGUCCUGCUCCUCAAAACAAGACUGUUUUGUUUAUUCCUCGAAGAAUCGUGUGUGCACUUGGAACAUGCGUGACGGGUUGUUGGUACUUCCACAAGUGAGUAUCAUAUCUUCAAAAUUCAACAGCUCUUAUUCACGUACCUCAGAUCAACUCGGAGUCAGCAGCGACUAA